UGGACCUGCGGGGCAGCUCCUCACUCGCAGCGGACUGCUGGGAUCUGCGGGGCAUCCUUCAGCUCUGCUCAGCUCCAGCACGGACUCGCCAAGGAUUGGAAGCUCCCCGGAGAUCUAUUAAGAACACUCUAACUUCCCUCCAGAAGACAAGUGCUAGAAGGAUUGCCUCAACACAAGAGCCUAGGAUCAUUCUGAUUCCUGCUAUAAAAUUAAACCAUGAGUCCCACCCUGGCUUGCAUUGUCUCCCUGGGAUUGGCAUUUUUAAUAUGUCAAACGCAGGCUUUUUUCCUGCCUAAUGCCACUCAUUUGGAGAAGCUUCUGAGCAAAUACCAGAAUGACCAGCCUCAUUCCAGAAGCAAGAGAGCCAUCCCCAGGGCAGACAGGGAAGAGAUACUAAAGCUUCACAACAAACUGAGAGGUCAGGUCUACCCUUCAGCCUCCAAUAUGGAAUACAUGACCUGGGAUGAUGAGUUGGAAAAGUCAGCAACGGCCUGGGCCCAGGAAUGUAUCUGGGAACAUGGACCUGCCACCCUCCUUGUGUCCAUUGGCCAGAAUCUGGCAGUCCACUGGGGCAGGUAUCGUUCUCCAGCCUUCCACGUCCAAUCAUGGUAUGAUGAAGUAAAAGAUUAUACGUAUCCUUACCCUCAUGAAUGUGACCCUUGGUGUCCGGAGAGAUGUUCGGGUCCUAUGUGCACCCAUUACACCCAGAUAGUUUGGGCAACUACCAACAAGGUUGGAUGUGCUGUGAAUACAUGCAGAAGGAUCAAUGUCUGGGGAGACGUGUGGGAGAAUGCAGUCUAUCUCGUCUGUAAUUAUUCCCCAAAGGGAAAUUGGAUUGGAGAAGCUCCAUAUAGAAAUGGAAGUCCUUGCUCUGAAUGUCCACCCAGUUAUGGUGGAGGCUGUAGGAAUAACCUCUGUUAUCGAGAUGAGACUUACGCGCAGAAGCCUGAGACCGAUGAGACGAACGAGGUGGAAAUGUCUCAGAUUCCUGAGGAGAAGCACGUAUGGGUCCAACCAAGGGUAACCAAACCCACCAAGACCAAGAAAACCACCACAGACAAUUAUAUGACACAAAUCAUCAAAUGUGAGACCAAAAUGAGGGACAAGUGUAAGGGGUCUACGUGCAACAGGUAUCAGUGCCCAGCAGGCUGCUUCAACAACAAGGCGAAAAUUUUUGGAACUCUCUUUUAUGAAAGCUCCUCUAGCAUAUGCCGGGCUGCCAUCCAUUUUGGUGUCAUAGAUGAUAAAGGAGGUCUGGUUGACAUCACCAGGAAUGGGAGGGUCCCCUUUUUCGUGCGUUCGGAAAAGAAUGGUAUUGCGUCUUUAAGUAAAUACAAGGCUUCUAACUCAUUCAUGGUUUCCAAAGUAACAGUGCAGGACCUGGAUUGUUAUAGCACCGUUGCUGAGCUGUGUCAGUUUGAGAAGCCAGCGAAACAUUGCCCAAGAAUUCGCUGUCCAGCCCACUGUAAGAAUGAACCAUCGUACUGGGCUCCGGUGUAUGGGACCAACAUUUAUGCAGACACUUCGAGUAUCUGCAGGACAGCAGUGCAUGCUGGAGCCAUCAAAGAUGAAACUGGAGGUUAUGUGGAUGUGAUGCCUGUAGAUAAGAAGAAGAUUUAUGUUGGUUCGCUCAGGAAUGGGAUUCAGUCUGAAAGUUUGAGGACCCCUCGAGAUGGGAAGGCUUUCCGGAUCUUCGCAGUGAAGCAGUAAACUUCCAGAGCCAGAGAAGAAGGGAUCUUCUUCACAAGAGUUCUAGGGUUAUUUUAUUUUUGUUUGUUUUUUAUGAUUUAAAAAAAUAUAUUGUGAGCAUUGGAAAAUUUACUUUUAAUGGCCUUCGAUGUGACAUCCAGGCUGAAUGAACCCUUCCUUUUCCAUUCAUCGUCUUGGGAGAGAGCACCACCUCAUCUCCAUUGGGAAGUAGCAUUCUCUGGUGAGGCUUUCAGAAACUAGAUAUCUUUGACCUGAGCCAGGUGUGCUGAAACUCACUGCCCAAAGCCCUGGGGCUAUUACACCCAGGGAACAAAUGGCUGAGAGAUUUUUAAAAAGCCAUUCUGGUGUGUGUGUGUGUGUGUGUGUGUGUGUGUGUGUGUGUGUGUGUGUGUGUGUGUGUCUGUGUCUGUGUCUGUGCGUCUGUGUAUAGAGAGGGAGAGGGCUUCAAACUCUUCAGAGAAGAUAUCUGGCUGAAAAGUGCCUGGGGAAAAGGUAUUAGGUGAUGGGCACAUAGGGUUUAAUCAAGGGGGAUGGAUGGUAGAAGAUGUAAAAUAAAUAAAAACCAUCCACAAUAAUAAAGAAACAGGGGUUUAAUGUUUGCUGGUCAGACAAUUUAUAGGAAAUGAGAAGACUUGGGGAGGGGAGGGAAUAGAAAAUGGGGGAACGAAUCUCCUGUCCUGGCACAUCUCCAAGUUAAUGGGCCCCAACUGGUUGUUGGUUUUCAAUAACCAAGUGAAUUUUAAUAUUCACAGCAGUGCUGGUUUUAUCUAAACAGCGACUCAUAAGAUUAAUAUUCUUGUCAUUCAUUUCCUUCCUACAUAGCACUUAUUCUUUAGUCCAAUUUCGGGUGUAGUUUGGGGACUCAUGGGCUAGAGCCCAUAUGACAUGCCAGACUCUAGGUUUUUAUUGUUUGUAUGUCCUUGCUUUAAAGUCAAUUUUUAUUCAAUCUUUGGUACCAUAGGGAAGUUUAAGAGCAUGCCGAGGGUUGUGAGUAUAUGAGAAUGUUUGUAUAUGUAUUUGUGUACAUAAUAAAUGCAUACAUAUAUUCUAUAUACACCCAAACAUACAUGUAACAGCAUUAUUUGGGCAGAAAUUCCCCUUUGAUAAAUUACUCUCUAAAAAGAUGACCUUUUUUUUUCUUCUUAAAUAUUACUGAGAUUGGCUUCCUUCAAGCCCAGCACUGUUCCUCAGUGCACAUUCUCUGUGGUUAGUAAGAUUUGGAGAGGGACAGCUUUGUGGUUAUGAAGCUGCCUCUAGGUUUAAUGACAACUGUAGAAUGUAACACAUGAGUAUCAUUUCUCUUCCUGUUAUUGUGGAAUUGUAGUUUCCAAAUGUUCCAAGGCUCCGAGGAGUCCUGUGUUGUUUGGGUCGUGCUCCAUUUUUUUUUUAAACCUCAGUUCCUCAUGAGCCUGUAACCAAACUCCAUAACAAAGAAAUACAUUUUAGAAAUUCAUUUUAUAGGAUUGACUAUUUUUUUUUUUACAAAUGUUGGUUUCAAAUUUGAUUUUAUUUUCCAUGGAGUGAGUUCUUAGACAGGGACCUAGCAUCAAGUUCAAAAUCUAAGUUGGUUUACACAUUAUUGAGAAGUUAAGCAUAGAAGAUCUAUCUACCUUGGCAAUAAGUAAGUCAAAAUAACAUUAUUGCAUGCCAAUUUACUACAGUAUUUGAAGAUAGGUAGACUAGCUUUAGGCAGCAAGAAAACAAUUAAACUUGCAGCUAGACUGAUUCUGAAAAUUAGUUGGAACACACUUUUUGCUUAAUUAAGUGCCUGCUUGGAGUUAUUCAUAAGCAUCUGCAGGGAAAACUUCUUUAUCCCAAUGCUCAAUUGUUCAUUUGUCCACUCAACAUUUAUUAAGCACUUACUAUACAUGCAAGGCACAGUGCUAGACACUUACGUUUUGUAUGAAGGAUGCCAAGUAUCAGGAUAUUUGGCAGCCUCUGGAUGCCUGGGGUCAAGAGGACAGAAUUGUUCACUUUUUAAUGAGAUGCUGAUGGCUGUGUUGGUGUCCUACCAAAUACACAGGUCGGUCACAUGGUAACGAUCCAGUGGAAUCUGGGUGUAUUUCACCAGCCAGCAUCUUGUUAUACUCAACAGGUACCAGAAAACCUUAUUAUAUACUUACCUGUCUUGUAUGCCCCAUUUGACUGUAAAGUAUUGGUGCUCUUUAAAAGCCAUACCUUUCAUCCUUCUAACAGUGUAAAAUCAACUCGACCAAAACCAGGACUUCCUGGUUUAAUUUUUUUUCCUUUUCAUUCAUCACCUGUGUAUUUUGAAACUGGAAUAUUUUUCACUUGUAAGUCCUGGUCUUUUUAACUGAUAGGGACGUUGCCAUUAAACUGUAAGCCCAUUGGAUAAGGACCACCUCUAAUUCCAUGUUUUGCACUGGGCCAUGCGUAUUAUGCGAAAUCGAUGUUUAGCAACAUAAUAAACAAAAAUAGGGUUGUAUUAUUUCAUGUCUCUUGUUUCCCAAAUAAAAUGUUUAUCAUUUUCUUGGAUUGUCGACUUUCACCUUGUUCUUAAAUCUUAAAUAUUGUGUUUAAUAAUAUUAUCUGCAGGCGUCCUCUUCCUGCAGUUUAUGUAUGUGCUUUUUUCUAUGAAAAAUGAUGUAUUUUUACUAUUUCCUAUGUAUAAAAGUUUAUUGUAAAUUUUGUGUGUGUGUGCUUUGCAUGAACAAGGGGCUAUACUUUGUUUUUUAAAAUUCUAGUUUUUUUCUAAAGUUUCUGUAAAGUAACAUUUUUGAGUAGUUUGAAAAAUUUGUGAAAUUAAAAAAAAAUAUUAAACCCCAAA